AUGGCCAAACUAGAGAUUAUAAAACCAAGUGAACUGUAUAACAUUUUGAAUCAGAAAUUUACUCACGCUUUCAUAAGUGAUCCAUGUUAUUGUGCCUUGUUUGACUCGCGAACUGCUGACGACUAUAAUAAGUCACAUAUUAUAACAGCUAAGAAUUUGAAAAGAUUGAAUGCUUGUUCUUUCAGAAUACCUUAUGAGGCAGAACUUGACUGCAGGUGGAAUGUCAUUGUUUAUGAUGGGAAUACAUCAUCAUUGGACUCUGAAGGGGAUGCAGUGAGAGCUGCGAAGCUUUUGUAUGAUAACGGGAGCCGUCACUUAGUUAAAAUACUGGAAGGAGGAUUCGAGACAUUUACUCGUUUAUAUCCAUACAUGAGAAGUGAUAAAAUAAUGUACUUACCACGAGUAAGACCCAUUUCACAAUUUAAAGACUUUGUCACCAAUUUUUAUCGUAUUUUUGUUUCUACUGAAGAUGCCACAGGUAUUUGGAGUUUGACAACGCUUUAACCAGUAACGCCUAAUGUGAAUCGUACCCACCAAGUGAAAUCAAAAGACAGAAGCGAGGAGGUUCGAAGAUAUAUUCGACAGGCUAUCAAUAUGAGCUUGAAUCGUUUUCUACUUACCCAUUGGAAGUUUUACCGAAUGUUUUAUAUAUUGGUACAAUUCAACAUGCUGGUGAUCGUAAACUUCAUAGACAAAUGAAUAUUGUAGCACACAUAAAUUGUGCAUUAGAUAAUGACGAUCCUAUAUACCAGAAUUGUAAAGACUCUAUGUUGAAUAUUCAACCAUCUGAAAAUUGUGAACUGUUAUCAUUUUUGGACAACGCUUGUGAUUUUAUUCAAGAAAAGCGAUUAAGAGGACAACGUGUUUUAAUUAUUUCAAAAUGGAUGUUUAAUCAGUCUGUAGUGAUUGCAAUUGCUUAUCUUAUUAAAUAUGAAUUAAUGAGUUUAAAAGAUGCAUGGAUGUGUUUACGAAAGAUCUGUAUACCGAUGCAACCAAGUUGGAAUUUUAUGAUACAAUUAGCUGAAUUUGAAUAUAACUUACAGCGUACUGAUAAAUUGAUUCCAUUGACAGAAGAUGAAUACUAUGAAAGAUGAAGUGAUAAAGUAUGAAUAGAUAAUACAAUAGAACUUUAAAAAGGACAUUGAAUUGACUUUUUUUCUUCUUUUCUGUUAGGUAUUUUUUAAAUGACUUACUUACUUACUUACGCCUGUUACUCCUCGUGAAGGAGCAUAGGCCACUCACCAGCAUUCUCCAUCUAACCCUGUCAUGGGCAAUUCUUUCUAGCUCCUUCCAGUUAUCAUUCAUCCUUUUAUUAUCUGAUUCUAUUAUCCGACGUAUUGUGUUCUUUGACCUUCAUCUUCUCCGCUUCCCUUCAGGAUUCCAAGUCAGGGCUUGCCUCGUGAUGUAGUUUGAUGAUUUGUGUAAUAUAUGUCUUAUCCAUUUCCAUCAUCUUUUCCUAAUUUCUUCUUCAGAUAGAAGCUGGUUUUUUCUCUCCCACAAAAGGUUGUUGGUGAUGGUAUCCGGCCAGUGGAUGUUGAGUAUCCUGCGUAGACAGCUAUUUAUAAAUACUUGUAUCUUCCUGAUGAUAGUUGUUGUAGUUCUCC